GGUGCUUCCUCUGCGGCAGCCGCACCUCGCGCAGUGCCGCAGCGCACGCCCGGGUGGCUGCUCGCUGCUUGCCGCGGCCGCUGCCGCCCUCGCAGGCUGUAGGCUGUGCCCGGCUGCCGGCUGGCCUGCCCUGCUGCGGGAGCUGCGGCACGCGGUGCUCCAAACCCGUGUGCCGGGCGGCAUGGGAUAAGACGCGGCCAUGGUACGCCGAGAUCGCCUCCGCAGGAUGAGGGAGUGGUGGGUUCAGGUGGGGUUGUUGGCCGUGCCCCUGCUGGCGGCCUAUCUGCAUAUCCCCCCUCCCCAGCUUUCUCCUGCUCUUCACUCGUGGAAGUCCUCGGGCAAAUUUUUCACCUACAAGGGACUGCGCAUCUUCUACCAAGACUCUGUGGGUGUGGUUGGAAGUCCUGAGAUAGUUGUGCUUUUACAUGGCUUUCCAACAUCCAGCUAUGAUUGGUACAAGAUUUGGGAAGGUCUGACCCUGAGGUUUCAUCGAGUGAUCGCGCUUGAUUUCUUGGGCUUUGGCUUCAGUGACAAACCAAGACCACAUCACUACUCCAUAUUUGAGCAGGCCAGCAUCGUGGAGGCACUUCUGCGGCACCUGGGGCUCCAGAACCGCAGGAUCAACCUUCUGUCUCAUGAUUAUGGAGACAUCGUUGCUCAGGAGCUGCUCUAUAGGUUCAAGCAGAAUCGAUCCGGUCGGCUUACCAUAAAGAGUCUCUGUCUGUCAAACGGAGGUAUAUUUCCUGAGACUCACCGUCCUCUCCUUCUCCAAAAGCUUCUCAAAGAUGGAGGCAUGUUAUCACCCAUUCUCACUCGAUUGAUGAACUUCUUUGUGUUCUCCCGAGGUCUCACCCCAGUCUUCGGGCCGUACACCCGCCCCUCUGAGAGUGAGCUGUGGGACAUGUGGGCAGGGAUUCGCAACAACGACGGGAACUUAGUAAUCGACAGUCUCUUACAGUACAUCAACCAGAGGAAGAAGUUUAGAAGACGCUGGGUGGGAGCUCUUGCUUCUGUAACUAUUCCCAUUCAUUUUAUCUAUGGGCCAUUGGAUCCUGUAAAUCCCUAUCCAGAGUUUUUGGAGCUGUACAGGAAAACGCUGCCGCGGUCCACAGUGUCGAUUCUGGAUGACCACAUUAGCCACUAUCCACAGCUAGAGGAUCCCAUGGGCUUCUUGAAUGCAUAUAUGGGCUUCAUCAACUCCUUCUGAGCUGGAAAGAGUAGCUUCCCUGUAUUACCCCCACCCCCAACCCACUCCCUUAUCUGUUGUGUAUUCUACUUAGGAAGAAAUGCCCAAAAGAGGUCUUGGCCACCAAACACUAUUCUCUCACAAAAGUCCACCUGAUGCACAUUGGUGAUCAGCAUAUAGUCAAAAGCCCACAGAAGCUCCGGCUAAGGAUGGCCCUAACAGUCCACCUCCUGUUCUUUUCACAUCUGAGCGAGUGUAUGGACUUGCCUUUGCACUAUUAGGAAUUUCUUCAAAGUCUUUUUAACACUUCCGUGGACUUUUCUGAAAUAUCUAGAAAUGCUCAUUUCGGGCCCAUCCUUGACCAGAGUCCUAUGGUAAAGACAGAGGAGAGGGUGUCUCCUAACUUGUCCUUGAACGGUUUUAAGGGCACAUGCGUUCUUAAGUUCUCUCAGCAACACAGCUUCAAAUGAGAGUGAGUCUCCCUUGUCAUAACUUGGGAUUUCGUUUCAUCGGCUGCUUUUAAUAAUAGACAUUUUGUUUGAAAUAGGGUUUGGUUUGAAUAACGCAGUAUUCUAAGUAUACUUUAAGACUACGAUUUACCUACAUGUAUUAUAUGUAUUUUCUAAGGAUACUAAACCAGCAGAUACUCUGGCAGAGGAGUGAACCUUAUUAAAUAGGUUUAAUUUCUGAAUACAUUGAAGUAAAUCCAGACUAUUUACAGAAGUUCCUAAAAUCACAGGAUACUAAGGACCAGUAGCAUCUGUGCCAGAGAUGUACUGUUAUUAGCUAAUUCUGACAGCGAAUAACAGUCUGACUUUUCAUACCUCAGUGCUUUGAGGCAUGUCCCUCCUGAGCUGGAGGGGAGGGGAUCGUUGUAUAGUCCAGGUUACCGAACCGAACAUACAGAGAUUCCUUUUCUGAUGACUGCUUAACUUAACUUCUCAUUGGUUGUCUCAGAGAGACUUCCUCUUGUAGCUCAGUAAUUCCUGUACUUUCCACACAGGAAAGUUCCAGAAACUUUAAGAACAAAUUCUGAAAGACCUAUGAGCAAAUGGUGCUGAAAUUUUUUUUAAGCCACAGCUUCACUGUCUUAGUCGAAACAGGAGAAUUAAGUGAUUAUAUUUUAGAUUUUUUUUUUAUUAGCAACUUCAAGUAUAACAACUGAAACUGGAAUAAGUGUUUAUUUUCUAUUAAUAAAAAUGAAUUUUG